AUGGACUUGAGGGAUGUGAAGCGCCGCGAGAGGAGGGAGUUGAGGCGCGGGGUGAAAAGGUUGGGGAUACAGAGGGAAAAGGAAAAGAAAGAACGCGGCAAAUGGAAAAAGCAAGUCAAAGUCAAAGUCAAAGUCACAGUCAAAGUCGUGUUCUCUUUCAAUCAAAACACCUGCCUAAGUGGAGAUCACGGGGGUGGAUGGGUUUUCUUGUUUGAGCGCUCCUCAGAGGGGAAGACGCGCAAAGGCUUCACUGAUCAUCUCUAUAAUAGCCUUGCCAGUGCGGGAAUUUAUGUGUUCAGAGACGACAACGAGCUCCGUGUUGGUGAGAAGAUUGGUCCGGAGCUUCUCUGCAGUAUUACGCAGUCCAAGAUCUCCAUCCCAAUUAUCUCGGAGAACUAUGCUUCCAGCAGAUGGUGCCUUCGCGAGCUGGCUCAGAUGUUGAAGUGCAAGAGAAGCAGUGGGCAAAUAGUGCUGCCCAUAUUUUACAAAGUGAAACCCUGCCAGUUGCGACGUCUUACGGGGAGUUUGGGAGAUGCUAUCAAUGCACAUAUAGAGAAUUUGGAUGAAACGGUUGUAAAGGAAUGGGAAGAGGCGCUUGAAGAAGUCAGUUCCUUGAAAGGAUGGGUAUCGGACAAUGUUGAUAAUGGGCAUGAAGGGACAUUAGUUAAAAUUGUUGUCAGAAAAGUUGCGAGCGAGUUAAAAUGGCUCUUUCGGCUAAUUGUUCCAAACCAGUUGGUGGGAAUCGAUGAUCGUGCGGAAGAGGUAAUGAGCUUGAUAGAUCCUAAAUCCAAUGAUACAAGGAUUGUCGGGAUUUAUGGAAUGGGCGGCAUUGGUAAGACUACUCUUGCAAAGGUGUUAUACAACAAACUCUCCGGUGAUUUUGAGUGUCUUAGCUUUGUGGCAAAUAUUCGAGAAAUAUCUUGGCGCAAAGGUAUAGAAAGCCUACAAAAGCAGCUCAUUUACGAUAUACUGAGAAGUCCACAUGAUGUGUCGACUGUGGACGAGGGAAUUGGUGUCAUCAAAUGUCGUUUUACAAGUAAGAAAGUCCUAAUUCUUCUUGAUGAUGUUGAUGACAAGACUCACUUGAAUGCUUUGGUCGGAGAUGGUAGUUGGUUUAAAGCUGGAAGUAUAGUCAUCAUCACAACUAGAAACAAGAGCAUUCUUGAUGAGGCUGGUGUAGGCUACAUGUACCAACUCAACGAGUUGUCUUUAAAGCAAUCAUUGAUUUUAUUUAGUAGACAUGCAUUUCGGAAGGAUUCUCCCGAGAUUGAUUAUCAGCUUAUCUCUCGUGAUGUCGUAUCUACUACCGGAGGGCUUCCAUUAGCCCUUGAAGUCAUAGGUUCAUUCUUAUGUGGAAAGACAAAAAAAGUAUGGAAAGAUACCUCAAAUAAAUUAAAGAAAGUGCCCGAUAAGAAAGUGCAAGAGACUUUGAGGAUAAGUUAUGAAGCAUUAGAUCUUGAGGUGCAACAGAUAUUCUUGGACAUUGCAUGUGUCUUUAUUGGAUCAUCCAAACAAAAUCCAACUUACAUGUGGGAUUCCUGUGAUUUUUUCCCAGAGAGUGGGAUUGAAGUAUUGUGUGUUAUGUCCCCGAUUAAAAUUGACAAAGACGGCAAGCUGAUGAUGCACGAUCAACCGAGAGACUUCGGAAGGGAAAUUGUCCGCCUAGAAAAUCAAAAGGAGCCUCAAGGCCGUAGUAGAUUGUGGAUUCAUGAGGAAGCCAUAGACGUGCUUGAGAGCAACAAGGGCACUAGUAAGAUUGAGGCCCUUCGUCUGGACAAAUGUGGUUGUAGAAGAAGCUACACGGGUGAACUAUUUAAAGAACUCGACCGGUUGAGGUUCCUUCAAGUGAACGCCGCGAAUCUCGUUGGAGAUUUCCUGAACUUGCUUCCUCAAUUAAGAUGGCUUCAAUGGGAGGAGUGUCCCUUGGAUUUCGCGGCGGCCAACUUCCAUCCAAAGAAAUUAGUCGUGCUUGAUCCGUCGUGGAGUGGGAUUUCGGAGGACUGGGGAGGAUGGGGUCCAGUUAAGGUAAGAUGUAGCAGAGAAGGCAUAUCUCUUGUUGAUAAUCAUGUGUUGUUGAGAGUCCAAUCUCACCAAGUUCUCCUUUUCUCCUUUCUUUUUCUCGGAGAGGUUUAA